AUGGUAUCGCAUGUGAUUGGGUCCCAUUGCACACGUGUUGUGUGGGUGCAUUGCUCUAGAAAUGAGUGUGAUCUGAGCGUCAAAACCAAAUCCCAUACUAAUCAAGCCUCCUCCUUUUGCUCGGUGGUACUUAAUGUUCCCCCUACCUCUCUCUCCAAACCUAUCCAACUUCCACCAACAGUUUUCACUCGAAUUCCUACACUCAUUCCUUCUAUGCAAAAUGUUGGCUAUUUUGUUGAUUCUAUCGCCUCGCUACUCUUUCGCUUGCUGGCACAAUCUCCAUAUCCAUCUAAGCGUUUGGCGGACCUGUGGUGUUCUGUGUGA